AUGGACACCGUCGAUCGCGACCUGGAAGCAGCAGAAUGGGACGCUCAGCAAGAUGUCGCCAGUCAUUCACCUGGAGCUAAAACACUGCACGAGGGCGUGCAACAGACAACGAACGGAAGACCAGUCGAGAAUUUGAUCAAGGCCAGGACUACUGGUAGUCAUUACAGUCAUUUGAACAGGCCUGCCACACGUCGUCUACAACAUCAAUAUACUGUUGGAUCAUACCGAGAUCCAGUGCCACGAGAAGACUGGCCAACCUUCGGCGACAGGAGGCCUUGCCCUCCGGCAAUCGACAAUGAGAGUUACGUUGUUGAAUUUACUGGACAUGAUGAUCCUAUGCACCCGUUCAAUUGGGUUGUGAGGAAGAAACUCGUCAUAGCUGUCAUUCUGUCGUACUGCACGCUUACCGCGUCUUUUGCCAGUGCCAUAUUCUCCUCUGCGGUUGACGCGGCUGGACACCAUUUCCACAUCAGCGUCGAAGUAGCGACUCUCGGCGUCUCGCUGUAUGUCACUGGAUUUGCUGCCGGACCAACGCUUUGGGCUCCGCUUUCCGAGUUGAAAAGACGCCGCCUACCUCUUCUCAUUGGCAUGUUCGGCUAUAGUGUCUUCACGAUCGGUAGUGCGACCUGCAAAGAUACUCAGACACUCAUGUUGACACGGUUCUUCGCUGGAUUCUUUGGAGCCAGUCCCCUAUCCAUCGUCCCAGCGUGCUUUGCAGACAUGUUUGAUAACGCACAACGUGGCAUAGCAAUUACAGCUUUCGCAAUGGCCGUCUUCGUGGGCCCGUUCCUCAGCCCGAUCAUUGGAGGUUUCAUCACAAUAAGCUCGAUCCAUUGGCGCUGGACGAUGUAUAUCAGUGCGAUUAUGGGGUUCUUGGGCUUGAUCGGCUUGGUAUUCUUCGUUCCGGAAUCAUACCCACCGGCAAUUCUGGUUGCCAAAGCGCAGGCCUUACGCAAGGCCACGAGGAACUGGGCGAUCCAUUCGAAGCAGGACGAAGUUGAAGUUGAUUUCCAUCAGUUGAUAACGAACAACUUUAGCCGUCCGAUAAGAAUGCUGGCCACGGAACCCUUAGUGUUGCUGGUAACCCUGUAUAUGUCCUUCAUCUACGGUCUGAUGUACGCUCUUCUGGGCGCCUAUCCUAUUGUAUUCGAGGGUGUGCACGGCAUGGGAGAAGGAGUUGGCAGCCUGCCGUUUCUCGGUCUUAUCGUGGGAGAGGCCGCUGGAGGCCUCUACAUCAUAUGCUUACAGAAAGGAUAUGUUAAGAAGCUGGAAGCAAAUAAUGACCAGCCCAUUCCUGAAUGGCGCCUCCCACCGGCCAUCAUUGGGGGCGUUGUUUUUACGAUUGGCAUAUUUUGGUUUGGAUGGACUGGAUUCUCCUCGUCGAUCCACUGGAUGGCACCCACUGCUUCUGGAGUCUUCAUUGGCUUCGGCAUCCUCUGUAUAUUCCUCCAAUGCUUUAACUAUCUCAUAGAUAGUUACAUCAGCUUUGCAGCAUCGGUGUUUGCGGCCAAUACAAUCCUACGAUCCCUGGUUGGAGCAGGCUUCCCCCUAUUCACACGCCAGAUGUUUGACAACCUCGGCAUCCAAUGGGCAGGAACGUUACUCGGCUGUCUGUCCGCGAUCAUGGUCCCAAUUCCGCUUGCGUUCAUUAUAUUUGGCCCAAGACUGCGAAAGAGAAGCAAGUUCGGCGAGCCUGACCACAGCCCAGACGAGGCUGAAGCGAAAGACAUCGAGAAGCCGGACGUGGACGAGACAUAG